AUUUUUCCCUGCUGCUUGUAACUUGGGGAGUCCUGUCUGGACGUUGCGGAAGGAAGAGUCAUCAUGUUUAACAAAAGGUGACAUGGGACCACAAUAGACAAGACAGCAGGAGGUGGUCUGCCCAAAAGGGAACUCAGAUAAGACUGUCAGAAUGGUUUUCCUUUAGCUGAAUACAUUCAUCCUUAUUGGAAUAAGAUGGUAUUGAAGGAGCCUCUGCAAGGUUAUUCUGUGUGAGUCCAUUCUUAUCCCAGUACUUCUAUUCAGACGCAAUACUACCAUCAAAAUGUCAACUUACCAAGGAGGCAGCGUGCGCAGUAUUCGCACAUUUAAGUCCAGUGAACAGUACCUGUAUGCCAUGAAAGAGGACCUGGCUGAGUGGUUAAAGGAGCUGUACGAUUUGGAUAUAACAGUUGAUAAUUUUAUUGAAGCCUUGGAGACUGGAUCCUUACUUUGUUACCAUGCCAACAAUGUGACCGAGGUGGCUUGUGACUUUGCUGCCGAAUUCCCUGACUUGGCAAAAAAACUUUGGUUGCCAAAAUCUGGGGUAACUUUCAAUGCAUCAGCCAAACCUGCAACGUUCCUGGCAAGGGAUAAUGUGUCCAACUUCAUCCAAUGGUGCAGGAAAGACAUGGUCAUAAAAGAUGUCCUGAUGUUUGAAACAGAAGAUCUAGUUUUACGGAAAAAUGAGAAAAACUUCAUUCUUUGCCUGCUAGAAGUGGCUCGUCGGGCAUCUCGCUUUGGUAUGUGUGCCCCCAUGCUUAUUCAGAUGGAGGAGCAGAUUGAGGAAGAGAUUCGGGAGGAACUAGAGCUGCCUCCAGUGGAGAUCCCAGUCCCUAAACCACAAAGCCAAAGAAAACUUUGUGACUUUAAGAAUUUAGACCAAAUGGUGCAGCAUUUGGUGAGCAGAUGCACAUGUCCUGUGCAGUUUUCUAUGGCCAAAGUAUCUGAAGGGAAAUACAGAGUGGGAGAGUCAAACAGUCUGAUUUUUAUAAGGAUUCUGCGUAACCAUGUGAUGGUCAGAGUAGGAGGUGGCUGGGACACACUGGAACAUUAUUUGGACAAGCAUGAUCCCUGCCGCUGCACAUCCCUCUCUCAUAAACAGGCUUCAAAAUCAGGAAAUCCGCAGAAGCCAUUGAAUCCGAUUCAUGAGAUCAAGGCUCUUGUAACACCAAGAUCAGAUAAUCCCAAUAAAACUCAAACUACACUGAUUGUAAGCAGAUCCCAGAGUCCGCUGCCCCCAGUGGACUGGAAGACCUACACUUCUAACAGUGGCAGAACCCAUUCUUCAUCAUCUGGGUCCCCUGAAAGUGCUGACAAGACUGCAGGGUUUAGAACUCCACAGAGGCAGCCUGAUCUCAAAAGGAAUUUUGCAUUCAGGGGACAAGAACGACCAGCUACACCAUCUCGGAGACAAUUGUUCUCUGAAGAUUCUCAAGCUAGCCAGCAGUUUAUGUACUCACAUCCUGGCCACGAUAGGCCUCGUUUCUCCACAUCUUCUACAGGAUCCCGCCUUACUGUAAGUGAAGAUGAAAAGCCUCAAUCGUCAGAUGUGUUUUAUGAGAACCACCUAAGAACACAAUCAGGGAAGAGUCCAGCUCCAUAUUUUAAAGAUCCAAUGAUGAAGGAUGUCCACCAUAGUCAGUUACACAAUACCGAUGUGAAAGGCCAAACAGCAGCAACAGAAAAAGAUGACAUUCAGCGGGAAUCAAGACCUAAAACACCUUCUCGCUUUCUACGACCACCUAGCCCCUCCAAAUCUAUGCUCUAUAGUCAGCAAAGCAAAGUAGCAGAAUACCAACCUAAGACAGAUUCAGAUAUCAUACGUUCAUCUUCUCCAUCUAAACAACUUAGUACACGAUCUUCCUCUCCAAGUAAACAACUUAGCAUACGUUCUGCCUCUCCAACCAAACAACUUAGCAUACGCUCUGCCUCUCCAACCAAACAACUUAGCAUACGCUCUGCCUCUCCAACCAAACAACUUAGCAUACGCUCUGCUUCUCCAACAAAGCAGCUUAGCCAGCCAACAAAACAAGAAUUAAAUGUGAGAUCCAUGUCUCCCUUCAAUAGGCCCUCUACGCCAAGCAGUAGUUAUUAUGGUGAAUCCCAAUACAGAGAUCACAGUAAAUCAGUAGGAAAUUUUAACCCUUCUCAUAAUAAACUCUCAGCAAUAAGAAGUGUUCCUACGCAUAUUGAACAAAAUAAAAAUAUGAGAGCUGGUAGGAGUACUCCAACAAUACAACUUAACACCAAUGGUGUAGCAGAGAAGGGCUACACUAAGCAGUACAGACAACCCAGUUCUUUGGAAUCCUCAAUACUGUCAGAUAAUAGAGAAGAAGGGUAUAGAUAUACACCAUUGCCCAUUGGUCCCGAUCAAGAAAAGGAGUUGUAUCAGAGUCUGGAAGAUGAAAUCCUAUCAAACAUCAAAGUAUUAGAGGAAGAUUCAGAUGAAAAUAGCAACCAAGGAAACAAGUGUAGUGACUUUACAGCUAGUAUAGCAAGUGAUGUUGCUGUUCAUGACUUUAACAUGAAAAGGACUUCAGUAUCUGCUAUGUCUUUGAUUAGAAGCACACAAAAGACGCCUGAUGGGGAUGUAGAAAUACCCAGGAGUGGAGUUUACAUAAAUACCAAAUGGCAGACAGGACAAGGAAACUAUGAUGAUGUUAUCUCAGAGCUUACCAAGGGACAUGUCAAACUCAAUAAAGUUGAUGUGGAAAAUUGGAUUUCCAAAAUACCUCCAAAACCUGUUGUGGAUGAUACUACAGAAGUUUAUGUACCUCUUCAGCACCCAGAAUCACAAGAGAACGGUGGACCAGAAGCAGCAACAGAGAGAAUAGCUAAAAAGAAAUUGUCUUCUAUUCAAAGCAAGACUAACAAAGUCAGCCAAUUGCCAUCUCAGCGAUUAAGACAGCAGGCAAUGGAAUCCAAAACGAAACAUUUAGAGACUGUGGAUGACAACCAGGAGUCAUCAGUCCAAAGCCCUAUAAAAGAAGCUGACCAAGAACAGUCAAAAUUACCACAAGCAUCCAAACCAAAAAGAGCCCUGAAAAAGCCAGAAAGAGUGCCAUCAAUAUAUAAACUCAAACUAAGGCCAAAAAUCCGCCCUAGACGAGACAACAGACCAGAAAAGAAGCCAUCCAAAAUUCCAACCCCAGUUUCCUAUCGACAAACACAAAGCAAGUCGAAAAAAACACAAAGCACUGUUAUACGACCUUCUGCAACUCGGAGUCGGAAAGAGUCACUGAGUACAGCUGUUAGUACAGGAGACUUAGAUACAGAUGACGGAACCUGGUCCUCAGAACAGUCUCUAUCCCUGGACAUUUCCAAUUCUCAGAAGAUGCAAAGUUGUGAUGUAGAUAAUCCAAGCAAAAUGGAAGAUGAGGAAGAGACAUGGGUUUAAAAUGUUGGAACACAUUACUAAAUCAAUGCAAUGCAGUGUUAUUUUGUGGUUAAGUAAUCAAACGCAUCUUGUACUGAUAUUGUGCCAUAGUUUGUUACAAACCUACAGAGAUCCAUGACAAGUAAUUAACAUGCAUUUUAUCACAAUUUUGUUCAUGUACAAAGCAUAACAUAGCCAAAAGUGUUACAGUCAUAAAAACAGUUACUUAGAAAUUUCCCUUAGAUUUAUAUAAGACAAGAGCAAAGUCAGAUGAUUUUGGUGUAUAGUAUAGCAAUUUUAUUCGGUACUGCAAACGUAUGUAGUAGAAACAGACUUUUAAGCUUAAUGAGUGUAUAAAAAUAGCCCUUUAAAGAGCACAAAUAAUCACAGUCCGUUAAUUGCAAUGCACACAUUAAUAUUUACUGGGAGUCAAAUGUAUAUUGUUUUCUAGAAUUCAAAUUCUUGUAUACCUUGAUGACUGGGGUCCGUAGAAAUAGAUUUCAAUCACUGUUUUAUUGUAUUUAUUAUGCAAAAAGAAGCAGGGGAUGAUUUUAUGAAUUAACAAAAGUCACAUACAAAUGUUGUCAAUGAUUUUGAUUUAAAAAAAAACACAAAUGAAAGCAGAGUGCAAAUCAUAUAUUAAUUGGUUGUGUUGCCAUCCACAUUGCAGCGGUUUCAAAUGUGAAUACCAGUCCUAAAUGUAAACCGUAUAUACUGUAAAUCAUUCAAUGUAUACAUAAAAAUGCUUUUAUAUUAUUUAAAAAAUGCUGAUUACUUACUUUUGCAAACAUAAGGCAUUUACAAA